GAUCGCUUAUGAGAUUAUUUGUAUUCCACAUUUGAUAUUAAGUAAGAAAGUGGCCAUAUGGCAGGAGUUUGCUGAAGUGUGACUUCACACCUGGACACUGUGGCGCAUGGAGACACUUGGGGACGCGUGAAAGCGCAAUUUGGCCCCGGCUGACUGGGUCCUGAUAAAUAGGAGCUUCCUGCCUUCAGAGCUCACAUCCUCUGAGGACUUUACACAGGACGGACCACAACAAGGAACCAUGGAGAAUUUCCCUCACAAAGCUGGAUUACCUUCUGUUUUAACUGGAGGGAAUGCUUCUCAGCAGCCUGGUCAUUUGUGGAGACCGUGGACUGGAAACAAAACUGGGGCACAUCAGGCUAAUCAUGGAGACCUUUCUGCAGCGCAGCACCCCAAACCUCCUCAGUUCAUUCACCCAGUAAAGUUAUACUGGCCGAAAUCCAGAUGUUUCGAUUAUCUGUACCAGGACGCAGAAGCUCUCCUGCGCAACUAUCCGGUCCAAGCGACCAUCUGUCUUUACGCAGACUCCAGCAGCGAGGAAGACAGCGAUGAUGAAGAGGAGGAAAUGGAAAAGGAGCUCAACUAAAUGUGCCUCUUUCUCUCUCAAGCCUUUAACAACCAACUGCUGCAUAAUGUGAUAAUAUAUUUCUUUUAACUUAUUACUGUAAAUACAUGUAAAUAGACACUUUUCCACGUUUUACAAGAAUGUAAAAGCUUAACUUAUUCCUUUAA